AUGGCGCCUCUCAAAAUCUCUAUACCGACGACGCAAGAGCAAACACCCGAAAACGGCAAAGCCUACACUUCCUACACCAUCAAAAUCGAACACCCCUUCCCACGCGCCGCAACCACCCUCCAAAAGCGCUACUCCGACUUCUCCGCCCUCGACUCGUCGCUCCGCUCAGAAGUCGGCGCCGCACCACCAGCGCCCCUCCCGCCCAAAUCCUGGCUCGGCGGCUUCCUAGGCCUAGGCACCACGACAACCACGCCCGAAGCCAUCGAGAAGCGACGAGUCGGGCUAGAAGCCUACCUGCGGGCGAUAGAAAGCGCCGAAGACGGGCGCUGGCGCGUCUCCAGCGCCUACAAAAAGUUUCUGGAACUAGGAGAGAAAGAUGGCGCGAACGGGAAAAGAGCGGCUGGGUUCCCAGGCAGCCAAUUCGGCAAGGAUAGAGUGAGGGAUAGUUCAGACUGGCUGGACAAGCACUCGGAGCUUAAAUCUAACUUGCAAGAUGCGCGACGGUGGUUGACGAAACGCGAACAAGCUACCGCUGCAACGGCGCAGCAUGAAGCCGCGGCCAACGCGAAGAAAAGCCUCGUUAGAGCCGGUACUCUCAUCUCUGCGCUUGAGGAAGGGCUAAGCCGUCUCGGCGGCUCCAACAAAAAAACCUCCGACGACUGGUCCGCCGAGAAACUAGGCGACGGCGAGAUCCGACGAAGAAAAGACAUGAUAAGCGGUCUUCGCAAGGAACGCGACGGCCUCGACUCCGUCCUCAACAGCAUGGCCGUCAAAGCCGCAAUCUCUGGUUCCGGCACCUCCUCCACCCCUUCCACCUCCUCCAGCGCCGCCGUCACCGAAAGCCAGAAAGCCGGACUCUUCAGUACAUCCUCCAGAAACACCUCCUCCCACUCCUCAUCUAAACAUACCUCCUCCUCCCGCCGCGUCCUCGGCGGCCCGCCCGCCCAAGAAACAGACAAGACCCGCGAGUUGGAUAACGAAGGCGUGCUGCAACUACAACAACAAAUCAUCCAAGAGCAAGACGAGGAUCUGGUUGAUCUCAGCACGGUGGUGCGCAGGAUGAAGGAGAUGGGUGUGCAGAUUAAUACGGAGAUUGUGGAGCAGAAUGCCUUGUUGGGCUUGUUUGAGGAGGAUGUGGAGAGGGUGGAUGGGAAGAUUAGGAUUGCGAAGAAGAGGGUUGAUAAGAUUAGGUAG